AAAAGGUAGUGUAUGUUGUUAAAACGCCUUGAGUAUGUGUAGAGAAAAAAAUAGUGACAGCUACCGCCCGCCAUUACAGUGAUAUCGCGAAAAGCUUGAAAAUGCCGUUUCUAGUCGUAAAAACAAUUGAGGACGGUAUCCCUUGUGUUGCGGCAUGUCCUGAUACAUGGGUGGAGGGCAGCAGUCUUUAUUGGCCAAAGGAGUGUGUAAAUAUUGACAAAAUCAGGAGCAACGAUAAGAUCAAGCCUCAAAAAUCUUGGAUGAAGUUGAAAUGUCAGGUAAAGAUGAGAGAUAUCGCCUCCUUCGGAGAGGCUGUUCGAUAUGAAAAAGCUCUCAGUACUGUAGACACUGAAAAUGAGGCGGAAAUAGUGGAACACCGCAAGGGGAAGCAAUCUACAUGCUCUCUCGGACAAGGUACAGCGUCGCAAGAUUUUAACUUUUUGGUCUCUAAAACUGAGGGAUGCAAUGCAGUGCACUUCUCGGAAUCAGCAGAAGAUCACUAUGAGACGUCAUUAGCAAAUGAAACUGGUCCUGAUCCAACUUCAAUCAAAAUUGUCGAGUGUCUAGAACCGGAGUACUUUCCUGAAAGAGCAGAAGAAGACAUAGAAUCAGGAAACGAAGCUCCAGUCGAACAAACUUUGUCGCAAUGCGACAAUUGUGCUGUGUUUCUUGAGGAACUUAACCAGAUAAAAGAUAAUUUGAAAUAUCUUUCACUUUUGCCUGCGAUUGAUGUAAAGUUGGACAGACUGUUGGAAGAGCAGGAAAAUCCAAAAGGGGGUAUAAAGAGGAAGAAUACACCAAAAAUAGAUAUUUUUCCAAUUGGAGAUGAAUCAGUUCUGGAGGAUUUUGAGGCGCACCUUGCAAAUAAGACUUACAGGGAGCAAUUUGUUCAUCAGAUGUCAUCCUUUGGAGGUACAUCAGGCAAUCGUGAUGGUAAUAAAAUUGCAUUCCGGCUAAUUGAUGAAAUUUUCACAAGGGAUUUAUUAACUAACUACUCAUGGACAGGCGCUAAGACCAAAUAUAUUAAGAAACAAUUUUCGACCUAUACUCACUUUAUUGAAGCAUUUUAUGAUAUAGUCAAGCUUGCUGAUGAAAGAUACUCCACCAUCGAAAACGAGAAAUUUUUCAAAGAAAAGAUCCUCAAACAUAGUUUGGCUAGAUCCAAGCAGAAGAAAAAGUAAAAUAUUCAGAAGGUUCGACAAACGCUGAUUAAAAAUAUUUGUUUAUGAGCGAUCAAUAUCUAUAGCAAAUAUACAGUAAGGAAGCAAGAUUUGUGAAUUAUUUCUUGUAAAGGAAACAAUAAUGUGUGAAGUUAUAAGAUUUUAUUUUUGUUCGGGAUAUUAAAGCUAAUCAAUAAGAGUAUGAAGUAAUGGAAAAAAAAUUAUUUCGUUUGAACUAUGAAUUGAAAAAAGUUUGCAUUUCAAAUCCUGGAUUCUGUACAAACUUUGUCUUUCACCAGUAACAAAUUUAGUGGAAUAAAUAUUUAAAUGAGAUGAUCUUAUUGGUUUUUCAAAGCAAUCCCCAC